AUGGAGUUUUACGACGAAGACAGGCCUAGAAUCGUCUUUCAAUCUCGUCCUUCCUCUUCUCGCACGACGGAGGAUGAUGAUGAUUCCAAAAUGCCUAACAAGAUCUGCAUCUCAAUCUCCGUCUCUAUCUCUCUCCUCAUUUUAUCACUCUCCUUCUUCUACUUCGAAACCGAGCCUUCCAAAUCGCUUCUCCUAUGGCUCUCGAUCUCCUUUCUCGUCGGUCCUUUCGCCCCUUCUUCACUCACCGGAGGUAAAAUUCGCGUCGGUUACGGUCAGAUCCUUGAGCCGGAACAGAUCCACGAUGAGCAAUCGACGGAUAACGAACGUGAAUCGAGGAGGAAAUCGGUGAACAAGCGAUCUAAUAAGGGGAUGAAGAACGACAAUCCGCCGGAAAAGCCUUCUUCGGUAGCCGAAGUUUCGAAAAAAGUGGAUCGGAGUGGGAUUGCAAAUUCCACGGAGAAUGGAUCUGUGAAGGACUGGAGUGAGGAAGAGAUCGGGAUUUUGAAGAAGCAGCUGACAAAGCAUCCGGCUGGAAAGCCUGGGAGAUGGGAAGCGGUGGCUGCGGCGUUCGGAGGAAAAUACAGGACGGAGAAUGUGAUCAAGAAGGCGAAAGAGAUUGGAGAGAAGAAAGUGUACGAGAGUGACGAUUACGCUCAGUUUCUGAAGAACAGGAAAGCUUCGGAUCCGAGAUUGGCUGACGAAGACGCUGAUAAAUCCGGGAAUGGCGGAGAUGACGAAGAUAACAAGGAGAGUUGGAGUAAAGAAGAAGACAUUGCGCUGCUCAAUGCUCUUAAAGCUUUUCCGAAGGAAGCAGCUAUGAGAUGGGAGAAGAUUGCAGCUGCAGUGCCUGGGAAGCCGAAGGCUGCUUGUAUGAAGAGAGUUACAGAGCUUAAGAAAGGUUUUCGUAGCUCGAAAUCUGAAGCCAAUUAG